CCUGGAGGAACCAUGGAAUUGAGUAGCAAGAAGAAACUCCAUGCCCUGUCCCUGGCUGAGAAGAUCCAGGUGCUGGAACUCCUGGAUGAGUCUAAGAUGUCCCAGUCUGAGGUAGCUCGGCGCUUCCAGGUGUCCCAGCCACAGAUCUCACGCAUCUGCAAGAAUAAAGAGAAGCUGCUGGCAGACUGGUGCAGCGGUACAGCUAACAGGGAGCGCAAGCGCAAACGGGAGUCCAAGUACAGUGGGAUUGACGAGGCCCUGCUCUGCUGGUACCACAUUGCCCAGGCCAAGGCCUGGGACGUGACAGGACCCAUGCUGCUCCACAAAGCCAAGGAACUGGCAGAUAUCAUGGGGCAGGAUUUCGUGCCCAGCAUUGGCUGGCUGGUCCGCUGGAAACGCCGAAACAAUGUAGGCUUUGGGGCUCGCCAUGUCCUUGCCCCUCCAUUCCCCCCUGAACCACCUCCCCCAGGGCUCACAUCUCAGGCCCAGCCGCCUCUUUCCCUUAAAGACUUCUCCCCAGAGGAUGUUUUUGGUUGUGCCAAAGUGCCCUUGCUGUAUCGGGCAGUGCCCGGCAGAGCAGUUGCUUGUGAUCAGGUACAGGUACUGCUAUGUGCCAACAGCAGAGGCACAGAGAAACGACGGGUAUUGGUUGGCGGGCUGCGGUCAGCUCCAAGAUGUUUCUUUGGGGUCAGCAGUGAAGCGCUGCCUGCCUCCUAUUACCCUGACCCAGGCAUCCCCUGGUCAGAAUGGUUAGCACAGUUUGACCAGGACAUGGGGCAACAGGGCCGACAGGUAGCCUUGCUGCUGGCUGCCCAAGUGAUGGAGGAGCUGGAGGGCCUGCCUGGGUUCCACCACGUGAGGCUCUUGCCUCUGUCUGCCUCCAGCACCACACCUUCCCUGCCUGGCUCUGUAGUCUGGGCCUUUAAGGCCCACUACCGACACCGACUGCUGGGCAAGCUGACUGCUGUCCAGAGCGAGAGGGAUGGCACCUCACUGGCUGAGGCUGGGGCCGGCAUCACAGUGCUGGAUGCUCUGCACAUGGUGGCUGCUGCCUGGGCCAAGGUGCCUCCUCAACUCAUUUUAAGCAGCUUCAUUCAGGAAGGGCUGGCCCCAGGCAAAACACCCCCAUCCUCAGACAAAGAUUCUGAGAUGCCACCAGUCCCCAGUGGGCUGAGCCAGGAGGAGUUUUCCCGCUUUGUGGACCUGGAAGGUGAGGAGCCAGGGCCUGGAGUUUGCAAAGAGGAGAUGGGCACUGACAAUGAGGAGGGGAGCAAGAUGGACAGCUUUGAGCCCUUGCCCACCAAAGCUGACGCCCUGCGGGCCCUGGGUACCUUAAGGAGGUGGUUUGAGUGCAAUGGCACCUCCCCAGAGCUUUUUGAAAAAUUCUAUGACUGCGAGGCAGAGGUGGAACGGCUCUGCUGCCUGUGAGGGUGCUCGGCUGCCACCAGAGCCCUCCUGCUCUGUUUC